AUGCGGCAAGAGUACAAGGCGUUCAUGAACGAGUAUAGUGAGCUAAAACACAUGGUUGAUCCAAGGGAAUUGACGUCGAAGGUGGGUACCUACAUUCCCCACCACUGUGUUGUGAAGGUGGAUAGUUCGACAACCAAGCUACGUGUGGUAUUCGACGCUUCAUGCCGCACGUCCAAUGGAAAAGCGCUGAAUGACAUUCUACACGUAGGGCCCACACUACAAGAUGACAUAGUUAAAAUUCUCCUUCGUUUUCGAACUCAUCGCUUCGUCUUAAUGGCUGAUAUUGCCAAAAUGUAUCGGCAAAUCAUCGUUGACUCACGUGACGCCAAAUGGCAGUGUAUUUUGUGGCGCAAUUCACCUUCAGAACCGCUAACGACAUUUCAACUGCAAACUGUAACAUACGGCACCAGUUGCGCUCCAUUCUUGGCAGUUCGUUGUUUGCAGCAACUUGCACGCGAAAACAUGAAAGCCUACCCCGUAGGAGAUCGAAUCACCCAUCGGGACUUCUACGUGGACAAUUUAAUGACAGGAGGGUCUACUGUAGAAGAAGUUAUCAGAAUAAAAUCUGAAGUCACCGCAUUACUAGCAUCGGGAGGCUUCCCCCUUCGCAAAUUCGCCUCUAACUGCAGCGAAAUUAUUGCAGGCAUACCCAGCGUGGACAUGGAGGAGAUUAUCACAGUUGAUGACAUGACCUACAUAAAGGCGCUUGGGUUGAAAUGGUCACCAACUAGCGAUCAAUUCCUCUUCUCGUACAAUUCGUCGCAACACACUUCACCGAAGGCUACCAAACGUACCAUAUUAGCACAAGUGGCAAGUUUCUUCGACCCCCUAGGCGUACUUAAUCUUAUCAUCGUUAAGUGCAAAAUUUUGAUGCAACACCUCUGGAAACUGCGUUUAGCGUGGGAUAAAGUGUACCGCUCUCUAUUUGCACAGAAUGGGAGAGCAUAUGCCAACAACUAG